GUGUGUCAGAGUAGAAAUUUUCGUUGUUAAUAAUUAUAGAAAAAUUAUAAAAAGUCUAAAAAUUAUAUUGAAAAUUUGUGGCUAAAAGCAAAAUGUCUUCCAACGGCAAAGUGACCAACGACGCCUUGGAUUUGUACCCCUCUGAGAGCGAGUUUGGCCUGGAACUGAAGGCAGUGCCAAAGAAGACUUGUAUACCACACAAACAUCACCAGAUUGGCAAUUCCGAGAGCAGCACACCAAAACGACGCUCCGCAGUCGACACUCAGCUCCGUAAUGCCGUCAUGUCUUUGAACAUACAGAGACGUCGAGAGGAAUAGGCUAAUGUAAGGGGAGUAUCUACUUUUAUGAUGUCCCAAAAGGGAAAGGAAAGUACAAGAGGGUCUCUGACAGUGUGGUAAAUGUUUCGUGUGUGCAGUUUGCAUGCAUUUUCCAACAAAUCAAAGCCGCACUUAAAGCCAAAUAAAAUUUAGC